GGCACGUACCAGCAAGCACCAACCACACCACCCAGAAUAUAAUUUUGCACGGUUGGACGUUGAUCACUAUGCGCUAACUAACUAAUCAUAUGCUAACACUAAUUCAUUAGAGCUAGGAUGCCUGUAAUUGCAUGUCUAUCAAACAAAUUUGAGAGAGAACAAUAUGAUGAUGAGCUAGUAUUAACCCUUAAUAUUGAAAGCAGUAGAGAUUCAAACACUAGAUCACUUGAUCAAACCAGCUCUGACACCAUAUUAUAAACCAGUAAACAUCCAUAUAUCAUAAUGAAAACUUACUAAUGAAGUCGUCAUUAACAAGUCAAAUAAAUUAAAUAAAACGAAUCAAAUCAAAAUUAUUAUCGCACUAUUUUAUUUGUUUCCUCUAUUUAAGACUGAUGACGUCUUUGGCUUUCAUCCCAAUUUGAAAGUUAGGAUAUUCUUGUCAAACAAAAAAAAAAAAAGGAAAAUUGAAGUUAUUGGGCUGUCAUUUGUUUUCAGUCCAUAUGCGGUGCAUAUUGUCAACAAAGCCCAAUCAAUUAAAAAGUCCAGCUCAAUACUUUGUGUGGGCUUUUGUUUCGACCCGAGCCUAAAACCCUACUAGACGAAUGCCUUCCUAAAACCUCCGAGAAAGGAAGUGAGCAGGGCUCCUCCCCCAAAUUCUCCGGCAACAAUGGCGAACCUUCUUUCCGAAACAACCAAACGGGUCUUCACACCGGAAACACUCCGCUCUGCCGCGAAACAAUCGGAGGGAUGCCUCGUCGUUUCCGUUCGCCUCCGCCGUGCAAUCAAAAGGUUCCUCAAGGAGCUGGAGGAGCCGCACAUGAAGAAGAAAGUGCUGAGGCUGUCUCAAUCCUUCAACCAAAUCAAGGACGCUAACUCAAUGCUUUCGGCCAACACUUCCAAGGAGCUAGUCGAGGAUCCCUUCAAGUCGAUGGAGAGCUCCCAGCGGUGGAAAAUCAGGAGCGCUUAUGGAGAUAUUGGGCUCACGUACUCGGACAGUGAGACCGUCGCUUAUGUAGCUUCUCGAAUGCCCGCCGUUUUCUCUGCCUGCUACCGCGUUCUCAACGAGGUAGGGAAAAGGUUGCCGGAUUUUUCUCCGGCGAAGGUGUUGGAUUUCGGUGCCGGGACUGGUUCAGCUUUCUGGGCUAUGAAAGAAGUGUGGCCAAAGUCGAUCAAGAAGGUAAAUUUAGUGGAACCAUCUCAAUCAAUGCAGCGUGCAGGGCGAAGCCUUAUACAAGGAUUGAAGGAUUUGCCAAUUAUUUAUGGCUACGAUAGCAUUCAGGCGUUAAGUAAAAAUCUCAAGAAGACCGAGAGAGAACAUGACCUCGUGAUUGCUUCAUAUGUGCUUGGUGAGAUACCAUCGAUGAAGGAUCGAAUUACUAUAGUGCGUCAACUUUGGGAUCUUACCCGAGAUAUCUUGGUUUUAAUUGAACCAGGCACACCACAUGGAUCUAACAUCAUAUCUCAGAUGCGAUCUCACAUACUAUGGAUGGAGAAAAGGAAACUCCGCAAAUCUCAAAAGAAAAGAAGUGAGACUUGCACCGACUUGGUGCCCAUAAAAAGUGGUGUUUUCAUAGUGGCCCCUUGUUCCCAUGAAGGACAAUGCCCUUUGGUUAAAUCUGGAAAAUACUGUCAUUUUGUUCAGCGCCUGCAAAGAACAACAUCACAGCGGGCAUACAAGAGUUCAAAGGGUGGUGGACCGUUACGUGGUUUCGAGGAUGAGAAGUUUUCUUUUGUUGUUUUUAGACGAGGACAGAGACCUCGGGAAACUUGGCCCCUUUCUGGUGUAAAAUUAGAAACUCUGAAAGAGCAGAGAGCAAACAGAAGUCCAGCAGAAGUUGUGGAAAUUGAAGAUGAUGAAUAUGCGGAGCAAAAUGAAUAUGAAGAAGAGGAUGACGAUGGGGAAAACGAAGAAGCAGACCGCAGUAACUAUGACUCUGAUUUCAUUGAAAUUGACAACAUUGAAGAUGAUAAUGAAGAAGGGGAGGAAGAAGAAAAGAUGUUAAAAAUAGAACCAGCAGAAACAAGUGAGGCAGACCUUGGGGGAGGUUGGGGAAGGAUUAUAUUCUCGCCUGUUCGAAGAGGUAAGCAUGUUACUUUGGAUGUUUGCAGAUCAGUGAACGAGGAAAGCACAGAGGGUUCAUAUGAACGCAUAGUCGUGACCAAGAGCAAGAACCCGACAUUGCAUCACCAAGGCCGCAAAUCUCUAUGGGGUGAUCUCUGGCCCUUCUGAGAAAUGGCUCCAAUCACAGUUAACUAUUAUCUAUCUAAAGCUCUGUACCAAGAAAGAAUGUAUGUAUCAUAAUUUCGAGAUGGCCUUUGUCUUUUAUUACAUCCGAGUAUGUCAGUAAGAACUACGUUUGUAUUAACAUUCUAUUGAUUAUAAAUGAAAGAUUGGAUCAUUAGACCCAUUAGACCUCUACAAAACUACAAUAGCAGAUAAAUCUAAGGAACCAUUUUCAUUUGGUAGGUUAAAAAUAAUCUCGAACGAUGAUAACAUGACCAAGUCAAUCAGGAUAUGAAAUUCGAACAACAUUCACUAAAAUUCUUGGAUCUUCAUCUUAUCAAUUUCAUUAUUUUUGAAGGUGAAAAUCAGUUCAAUAUCUCAUUUUGAAAAUGAAAUGUCUAUUCAAAUGAAGUGCACAAUGAUUUGUUUCCAUCACAAAUUCGACAAUUUGACAUUCUAUGAAAAUUCAUGUAGCUGGUCCCGGUUAUUUGAUGAACAAUUACAGAUAAUGAUGGACUUACGGUGGACCAAAGCUUCCACCAGCACUAGCAGCAGUAAGUAGACAAACAAAAAAAAUCUGGUUUUGAGAAAACAAAACUAAUUGGAAAUGAUGGAUGUGACGAAUCCUGGACCUUAUGUCGUGAACAUAAGAAGUUCAUUCAUGGCUUUUUUCCUCCUAAGGACAGCUCCCAAAUCUACUAGAUCCUCUGCUGCAAGUGGAUAGAGUACAAUAACCAACAAAGAUGUCUGAUGGGAUAACCGUUUCUUUCUUCUAGGGGUGGGCAAACGGUUUGGUAAACCCGAACCGAAACCGAAUUGAACCGAACCGAAACCGAAAUAAUGCUAUUCGGUUCGAAACUCGGAAGGAAAAUAUAGAUAUUUCGGAAACUAGGGUUCUUUCAACCGAACCGAAAUUCCGAAAUUCCGACCGAAAACCGAAAUACUACAAUUGCAACCUCCAAAUGGUGGAUUUGUAUAUUUGUAGUUGUUUUUAUACUUAAAUAUUUGAAAUAUUUUAUGACUUAUGUGUUGAAAAGUUUGAUUUUAUCAUUGAUUAUGCAUAUAAUUGCAUAUUUAUUGUUUAUAUUAGGAGUGAAAAAUAAUUUAAAAGUGAGAAUAUACAAGUAGCCUCACAAAUUCGGUUUUGUGUUAAAAACCGAACCGAACCGAAUUAUAAUUCGGUUCGAAUUCGAUUUGAGUUUUGGAAGAAUUCGAAGACCCGUUAUUCAUAAUUUCGGUUCGGUCAAAACCAAACCGACCGAAUGCCCACCCCUACUUUCUUCACAAAGUACGCCAUCUCAUGCUUUUGUCUUCUUUUUUUGUGCGGUUCAGAAAGAGGGUAGUUAUUGUUGCUAUGUCACGAGGAGCUGGUUGAUAUGUUCAUAAACCAAAUUUCACAUGGCAAGUUCUAAAAGUGUUUGGGCUGACUGAAUAUUUUGAGUUUUUUAUAUCCGUAGGGACAUUCAGGAAGAGAGUAUGAAUACAUCUGAUAUUUUGAG